CAAAAAAAACAUCCCUUAUCCACUUGAUCCGGAAAGAAUUUAAAAGCCAUCGCAGCGUGUCCAUAAUCUCCAUUCGGUUCAGUAGUGUCGCCGUCGCCGUUGCUUAUCUCCGACGAAAUCGUUUGAUCUUGUUUUCAUUUGCAAGCAACUCAAUCGUUUCUAGUGGUCCAGUGAAUUAUUUGAAAAUUCGACAAUCAGCGCUGUCCAGAAAAUGAUCAAGUUGUUUGCGUCGUUGGUGCUACUGGUACCGUUCGUUCUGUGCGGCGAAAUAGUGGUACAAACUGCCCCGAAGUUUGCCUUCGUCCAGGAGGGUCACAGGAAUCUGAAUCUUCUGUGUGAAAUUCCCGGAAGCAAUCCGAUAGAUUUCUGCAUCGUGAAAGUUCCGGGAGUCCCGGCUCCGUUUGCUGCUAGUGAGCGUCUGCCAACUCCGGUACAGGGAGUGACGUACUUUGGCAGGGGUUGGAGCAAGGGAUCCUGUGGAGUGACGUUAGCCGAGGUUCAGGCGAAGAAUGAGGGCACUUUCGAAUGCAUUCUUUCCGUAACUGGGCAGACGUAUAAGGGCACGAUUGAUAUCGCGUUCAAAGUCGCUCCGGAGCCGCCGGUAAUCGAGGUGUCCAGUAACGUGGACGACAGCAACGGCGAGUUCGACUAUGGAAAACCUUUGAUUGCCAAGUGCGCUUCCAGUAAAGGAUGGCCUGCAGCUAAGCUUUCGUGGUACAUGAAUGGGAAACCAGUUGUCAACGAAUUGGGAGCAGCUUUCACCGAAGUGGUUAACCACAGGGCAACAGUGGAGCAAUUUUACCGGAAAGCGGUGGCUGUUGAAGACAAGCAGUUGGUAUGCCGCGCAGAACAUGAUGCAUAUCCGAAUGGGUUCAUGGAGGUCGCGCUGCCAAUCAAGCUGAGAAAAACAAACAACAACGAAAACCUUAUUCAGAAGGAUGCAUCCAAAGACGCGAAAGUGAAACCAUCCUCACCACAGUUGUUGAUUUCCAGUGAUUUGCCUACAAAUGAUGGAGCAUUCAAAGAAGGAUCGACUAUGGUUGUUGAAUGUGUGGCCCGAGAUGGCAAACCGGCCGCAACUUUCCUGUGGUUCCUAGAUGACCAACUUGUCUACGAAGGAUUGUCGACGCCAUUUUUGACGCAGAGCUCCCGGGGAGCUGUUACUACUCAGCAAAUGCUCCAGCGGGUUGUCAAGGCUAGCGAUAAUGGUAAGACGUUGAUUUGCAAAGCGCGGCAUCCGAGUGGGACGAGUGAAACGCGACUCAAACUGAAGACGUACCGAUGAACUGAAUCCUGUGUUAAAUUUAAAGUUGUAGAUUGUAAUAAAUUGAUCUGUGUAUGAUGUUAAUAAAAUGGAAC